CGAACGAUGAUUACCCGCCAGCCUCAACCACCGCCAUCACCAACACCACUACCUGUCAAUCACUCAAUCUUCAGACUGAAGAAUUCUCACCCCUCACACCUCUCACCAACCCAAAAAGAACAAAAUGCCCGUCGCGUUCUUUUUGAUCUUGAUUUUCAAACCCCAAAUUCUUCUAUUCUCUUCCAAUGGAGUAUUCGAGACCUAGGGUUUCGUCACUGAGCCGUGUGUUAUCAUUUCUCACCGUUCUGGUUUUUCUUCUGGGACCGAAGGUUUCAGCUGCGGUGGAUGAUGGUGAUCUUGAAACUGUGUCCCGUUGCAAUGUCGAUCUCACUACAUUUCUUCCGUUUCCGUACAGUAAUUUGUCGAAUGUGAUCUGUAAACCUGUUUGGAAUACCUUUGUUAUACAGUACUCCCAGACUGAAGAUCAUGUUGUGACUAUUCUGUUAUCUGCUGUAUAUACCAUUGGAUGGGUUGGAAUGGGGUUUUCAAAAAAUGGGAUGAUGAUUAAUUCCAGUGCUAUAGUGGGAUGGAUUAAUAAAGAAGGUGAAGCAAGAGUCAGAAGGUACUACCUCCAGGGGUUUGAACCCUCAGAAGUUAUACCAGGAAGGGGCGAAUUGCCGAUCACUAAUAUUCCAGCAGUUGUGGUGCUUCGCGGAGCCAUAAUUUACUUGGGAUUUCAGCUGCACUUUGCUGCUCGUCUUUCUCGCCAACCAAUUUUAUUGGCUUUUGGGAGUAGAUAUCCAACAAAGCACCACCACCUAUACAAACAUGAUGACAAAACAAGCUUCAUAUUCGACUUCUCUGCAGGUUCUGUGUCUAAUGCACGACUCGCACCUGAUACCAUUGGUCCCAUGAAAAAGACCCAUGGAUUACUGGGCCUAUUUGGAUGGGGUCUGAUUCUUCCUUCUGGAGCAAUUGUUGCGAGAUACCUUAAGCAUAGGGAUCCCCUUUGGUAUUAUCUUCAUGUAAUCAUUCAAUUUGUGGGAUUUAUAUUGGGGCUUGCUGCCGUUGUAGUUGGUGUAUCACUCUAUGAUAAGCUGCAUGCCAAUUAUCUAUCACACAGAGGCAUUGGAAUCUUUAUUCUUGUGCUUAGUAUUCUCCAGAUCUUGGCAUUCUUUGGACGACCCAACAAGGACAGCAAGAUACGCAGGUAUUGGAACUGGUAUCACCACUGGUUUGGAAGGAUUGCCCUUUUCUUCGGAGCUGUGAAUAUAGUAUUAGGGAUCCAAAUUGGAGGUGCAGGAAAUGCAUGGAAGAUAGGUUAUGGAUUUAUUCUUGCUACAGUAUUAGUCACGACUAUCAUUCUAGAAGCACUGUCAAUGAUGAGAAAGUCGGAGAAGACAGAGCUGCCAGCCUUCCAAAUGAAUCCUAUUCAGUAAAAUGAUUGGUCUGACAGGGUAACCAAGAUGUAUGCUAGAUUUUGCACUCUCAAGAUAAUAUUUUCGUUGAUGGAAAGAGAUCCAGCACUGCACCGAAUCCCUUUUUCUAGCUAGGCUGCACAAUGUUGAAGUUCAUUCUACUGCCAAUGUUCUGUGAGUUUGAACAAAGCUUUACAAGCCUUUUAAAUAGUGAGAUCCCUCCAUGUGGAUGUUACAAAAUGUAGAAUAGCCAGAUAAAAUGCAUGCCUAUUUAGAUUCUGGACAUGCUGAGGCCUGUACAAUCCUACACCCUGCUCUGCAUGGUGAUGAAGGUUUUUGAUUGGAUGUGGAAGCAUUUUGUUGGCAUGAGAGUACUUUUUUUUUUUUUUUUUUUUUCUUUUAAACCUCUAUGUGUUUUUGUGGAAAACAUUUUCUGGCUGAAAGUAUGAUGUGAAAGUGGUUGCUGAGUGUUUACAGCAA